CGCGCGCAUGCGUAUGCGGUUUGUGUAUCUCUAACAGUUUGACAAUCGAAAUACAAACGCUCUCGACAAGCAGCGAAAGAAGUUUUAAAAUGUCGAUUAUCCCUUUGUGGCCAAAUUUACAACCAAGAGCAACAGAUCCUCUAUGGUUCAAUGCCGAUAGGCCCUGCGACGAUGAGAGCGAAGUAGCUGCACUCGAAGCGGAACAUCAAGCGUGGAGGGAACAUGUCCGAGUGCAACGUUAUGACCAUAUCCCUAUCGGGAAAACAGUCAGCGAUUUCAGAGGAUCAGAAGAAGAGGAGGAGGAAGAAGAAGAAGAAGAGGGAGAAGGAGAAGAAGAAGAAGAAUCAGAUACCCAUGAAGAAGAGGAAGAAGAAUUAGACGAAAUUGAUAUGGAAGUAAGCUACUCGCAUCAACAACAGACAUCUAGUCCAACAGAUACAGUGACAGAUCCAGUAUCCAUCAGAAUGGUCAGCACACAUACUGGUCGUUAUUCUUAAUUAAAAUAUCGUAGUUCUUGUUCAACUUUAACCUCUAUCUAGCUUCCCCGGGAAAGAAAUAUUACGCAAUCUAUUUAUUUCUUAAGAAUUAACAAUGAUAUGUAGGUAUAUGUAUUUAUUUAUCAUCAGAAAAUGAAGAUCUUACAAAUAUAAAUAAAGAAUCGUAAAAUUUU